AUGAACGACUUGAUCUCCGGUUCCUUCUCUCGCUUCCGGGGCGACCGCUCCCCAGACCCCCACCACGUGAUCGAGAUGUCCGGCGCCGGGGAUGGCCCCCCGGGCGGCAAAGUGAACUUUGACAAGUUCUUCGAGGACGUGGAGGGCGUGAAAGAGGAGCUCAGGGAGUUGGAGGGACUAGCGGCGAGUCUGAGGAGCAGCCACGAGCAGAGCAAGACGCUGCACAACGCUAACGCCGUCAGGGACCUCCGUUCGCGCAUGGACGGCGACGUUUCGCUGGCUCUCAAGAAGGCCAAGCUCAUCAAGCUCAAGCUCGAGGCUCUCGACCGCUCCAACGCCGCCAACCGGAACCUACCAGGCUGUGGACCCGGUUCCUCCUCGGACCGGACCCGAACCUCCGUGGUCAACGGGCUGAAGAAGAAGCUGAGGGACUCCAUGGAGAGCUUUAACGAGAUUCGCCAGCUCGUGUCGUCGGAGUACCGGGAGACCGUGCAGCGUCGGUACUUCACCGUCACCGGCGAGAAUCCCGAUGAUAACACGCUCGAUCUCUUGAUUUCCACCGGUGAGAGUGAGACUUUCCUUCAGAAGGCCAUUCAAGAACAAGGCAGGGGUAGGAUUCUGGACACCAUCAAUGAGAUUCAAGAGAGGCAUGAUGCUGUCAAAGAGUUGGAGAAGAGUCUGAAGGAGUUGCACCAGGUGUUCCUUGACAUGACAGUAUUGGUGCAACAUCAAGGUGAACAGUUGGAUGAUAUUGAGAGCCAUGUGGCAAGAGCUCAAUCGUUUGUGCGCACUGGAGCUGAGCAGUUGCAGACUGCACGAAAGCACCAGAAAAAUACCAGAAAAUGGACCUGUUAUUGUAUCAUACUUCUUCUGGUGAUCGUCUUGUUUGUGGUGCUCUUCACUGUGAGGCCGUGGCAACAUAGCAGUAGUGGCGGCAAUGGUGGUAAUCAGCCUGCACCAGCUCUAACACCACCUCCUCCUCCACCUCCUGCCAGUGCUUAA